AUGCGUUUUUCUGAGCUCUUCGCCAUUGCUUUGGCCACUGGUGCCACUGCGUACGAUCUGCCCGACAACCUGAAGCAGAUCUACGACAAGCACAAGGGGAAAUGCUCGCACGUUCUGCAAAAGGGCUUCACCAACGGUGACUCGGGCAGCAAGAGCUUCGAGUACUGCGGUGACAUCCCCAACGCCAUUUUCAUGCACAACUCUGGCAAGAAUGAAUACACCAAUAUGGACAUAGACUGUGAUGGGGCCAACAACUCCGCGGGCAAGUGCGCAAAUGACCCUUCGGGCCGGGAUAUCACCGCGUUCCAGGAUGAGGUGGCCAAGUUCGGCAUCAAAGACCUGGAUGCCAACAUCCACCCAUAUGUUGUCUUCGGAAAUGAGGACCAUUCUCCUAGCUUCAAGCCCCAGAAGUAUGGCAUGAAGCCCUUGAGUGUCAUGGCCGUUGUGUGUGGUGGAAAACUGCACUACGGAAUCUGGGGUGACACCAACGGUGGUGUCUCUACUGGCGAGGCCUCCAUUUCCCUGGCUGAACUUUGCUUCCCUAAUGAGCACCUUGAUGGCGACCAUGGCCAUGACGCCAACGAUGUUCUCUUCAUCGGUUUCACCAGCGAUGACGCCGUUCCGGGAAGCAAGGCCAACUGGAAGGCCAAGAACUCCAAGGAGUUCGAGGACAGCAUCAAGUCCAUCGGGGACAAGUUGGUUUCUGGUCUCAAGGCUUAG